CAGAUGAAUGAAAAUUAUUCCCUAAUUGAAAGUGGGCGGAAUAAAUUUUCAAUAAUGAAAAUUUCACAUAGUGAAUUGUAUUUGAAUAUGCACAACAUUUAUUUUAUUCAAUUAUUACAUUAUAAUUAGGAACAAUAAUAUAAAUAAUUCGGAAUUGUUUAUUGUUUAUGCAUUGCCUACAUUAUUUCCUCUUAUUGAGUAGGCACUAUGUAUGGCAGAAAGUUGUUAUGUAUUCGUAUUCGACCAACCACGGUGCCCUAUCCAAUUCAAACUGAUAGCGAGAAUAAUUUAAAACCAGAGAAUCAUGGCAUCCAUGUCCUCAAUCACGUCGGCAAUGGAAGAGGGGGGUCAAGACCUUCUCGGCGUUGGCUACAACUCAAGAUCUCAACGGGUUACAUUUCAACCUAGAAAUCCUUCUCGCCAUAAUGCCGAUCGUUACGUGGACUACGACGACUAUGCCUUCUAUCUCAACAACGGUGUUGAUUAUUCUUCAGAUGAAGAAGAGAAUGCACCCGAUUUCCCAAGCAAUCCUGAAAAAUACAACGAACUUAUGAAAAAUCUGGCCUUGAUAGUGGAAGCUAUGCGCAGAUUGGGCGUUUUCGAACGGGAUGAUAGCAACUAUGGGGACGAUGAUGAGGAUGAAGCUGCCGGAAGUGGUGAAAAGGACGAUAAGGACCCCUUGAAAGGAUCUGAAAGUGACCGCAAGCCAGAAACAAGUGCACGGUCGGCCAUGGUGGAGAUUGAUGAUUUUGUUGGCGGUGCUGCUGCACUUGUGGACGAAGUUGUUGUGGUCAAGGAAAAGAAAAAGGUCCGUUUCCAGACCAAUGAUGACUAUGAUGACGACAAUUAUUACGUUCCAGAAAGAAGGGGGUCAGCAAUGAAUGGAAAUUUCGUGCCCGUGGUGGAUCAAGCAUUCAGAGACAUUUUUAAUUAAAUGAGCAAAACAAAUUGUUUUA